AUGUCGUGGCUCUCAUUCCUCAAGAAGCCCGCCUUUCUGCGAAGUUCGCAAGUAACACUCACUCACAACCUCAGACGAACAUUUGCAACUGUCAACAUGGCGACCCGAGAUCCCAGCACCCUUUCCAACUAUGGCGCUUGGCGGACGCGCCAUACCACGGCCAACUUCAAGAUUGACUUUGAGGAUAAGUGCCUCAAGGGAUCUGUCACUCUUCAGCUGGAAUCUCAAACCGACAAGGAGAGCAAGGAGAUUAUCCUCGACUCUAGGUUCGUUGAUAUCUCCACUGUUCGCAUCAACUCGGCCGAGUCCAAGUGGGAGUUGAAGGACUUCUCGGCGCCCCUCGGUGCCCCUCUUCACAUCUCAGUGCCUGAAGGUGCGGCCAAGGGCGAGGUCAUUGACCUUGCCAUUGACCUCCAGACGACUAGCAAGUGCACUGCUCUGCAGUGGCUCACUCCCGCUCAGACCUCGAACAAGAGGCACCCGUACAUGUUCUCCCAAUGCCAGGCUAUCAACGCUCGUUCCAUCUUCCCCUGCCAGGACACCCCUGAUGUCAAGUCUACCUUUACCUUCAAGCUCACCUCGUCCUUGCCGGUUGUUGCGAGCGGUGUCCCUGUUGGAGACCACGAGGCGACGCCUGGCAAGGAGAAGCUCUACGAGUUUGAGCAAAAGGUUCCCAUCCCCUCUUAUCUCUUUGCCGUAGCCUCUGGCGAUAUUGCAACUGCAUCCAUUGGCCCUCGCAGCGUGGUGGCUACGGGUCCCAAUGAGCUGGCGGAAUGCAAAUGGGAGCUUGAACGGGAUAUGGAGAAGUUCAUGGAGGUCGCAGAGAAGCUUGUUUUCCCCUACAAGUGGGGGGCUUAUAACGUCCUUGUCUUGCCCCCAAGCUUCCCCUACGGAGGCAUGGAGAACCCCAUCUACACCUUUGCCACCCCUACAAUUAUCAGCGGCGACCGCCAGAAUGUGGAUGUCAUUGCUCAUGAGCUGAGCCACAGCUGGAGUGGCAACCUGGUUUCCAACGCGAGCUGGGAACACUUCUGGUUGAACGAGGGAUGGACCAUGUAUCUCGAGCGUCGCAUUCAGGCUGCUAUCCAUGGUGAACCGGAGUUCCACUUCUCUGCCAUCAUCGGCUGGAAGGCCCUCGAGGAUGCCGUGGAGCUUUUCGGCAAGGAUCACGAAUACACCAAGCUCAUCAUCAAGCACGAGGGCCUUGACCCUGAGGACGUCUACAGCACCGUUGCGUACGAGAAGGGCUUCCACUUCGUCUACUACCUUGAGCGCCUGGUUGGUCGCGAGAACUUUGACAAGUUCAUCCCGCACUACUUUACCAAGUGGUCUGGAAAGUCUCUCGACUCUUUCGAGUUCAAGCAGACCUUCCUUGACUUCUUUAACGGUCUCGGCGAUGAGGAAAUUUCCAAGAAGAUCGCCGAGAUUGACUGGGAUGACAAGUUUUACACACCUGGACUUCCCCCGAAGCCUGAUUUCGACACCAGCCUAGCAAACAUGUGCUACGAAUUGGCAAACAAGUGGAAAGAUGCCGGUUUUGAGCCCAGCAUCAAGGAUGUGGCGGACUUCACUGCAAACCAGAAGCUCGUCUUCUUGGCCGAGGUGCAGCAGUUUGGCGCCCUCAGCCCAGAGCGGGCUCAGCUUAUGGGCAAGACCUAUGACUUCCUCUCUUCAAAGAACGUCGAGAUCUUGUCAGCUUACUAUCUGAUCGCUCUCAAGGCCCAAGACUCAGCCAUCUACCAAGACGCUGCCGAUCUGCUCGGGCGGGUCGGUCGCAUGAAGUUUGUGCGCCCUCUGUUCCGUGCGCUGAACAAGGUAGACCGACAGCUGGCAUUGGACACUUUUGAGAAGAACAAGGAAUUUUACCAUCCUAUUUGCAAGGGAAUGGUGGAGAAGGAUCUUGGCCUUUAG